AUGACAGAUAAGAAAAAUAUUCAGAAUGAUUGGAAAAUAAAGCUAGAAGAUAUUGACGAAAUUAAUUACGAAGAGGAAGCUGUUACUCUAACGAAAUGUAACGAAAUGGCAGCAUCAGUUGACUUAGCGACGGAUACUAAGAUAGAUAUUAUUGAAAUGAAAUAUAAAGAUCUGAUACAAGCCUCGAUAGAACAAAUUGAUAACAGCUCUGACUUUGUUACAAAUAGUAAUAAAGAGGAUGAUCAAAAUUCUCCAGAUAAUAAACUGCCAAUCAACGUAUGCAGACGAUGUUCAAAUUAUUUAAAUAUUAGUUACAAUCUGAUUCUUACUGCAAUAAAAAUAGACAAACGUCUGCAAAUGCAAUUAAAUCAAAAGCAAAACGAUGCUACCUCUACAGAUAAAGGUACGAAUAAAAUUAAAGAGAUCAACUGUCAAAGUAUCAAACGAGAGAUUACAGAUAAAGAGAACACUCAGAAAUAUCAAAAUGAUUGGAAAACAGAGCAAGAGGAUAUUGACGAAAUUAAUUACAAAGAGGAAGCUGUUACUCUAACGGAACAAAACGGAAUGUCAGCGUCAAUUGACUUAGCGACAGAGAUAGAUAUUGGUGAAAUGAAAUAUGAAGAUCUAAUACUAGACUCGACAGAACAAGUUGAUAACAGCUAUGACUAUAUUACAAAUAAAAUUACAGAGAAGUGUCAAAUUAUUAAACAAGAGAUUAUAGACGAGAACGCUCUGAAUUAUCAAAAUGAUACACAAGAGAUGACAAAUGCGAAGAAUAUUCAGAAUGGUUGGAAAACAGAGCAAGAGGAUAUUGACGAAAUUAAUUACAAAAAGGAAGCUGUUACUUUAACGGAACAUAACAAAACGGCACCUUACAAAACUGAUUUACGUCAGCACAUUUCGACGCACUUACCAAAGUAUCAAUGCGAUGUAUGCGAGAAGAAGUUUGUACGGAAAGCGAACCUGACUAUCCAUAAACGUCUUCAUAGUGGAGUACGGCCUUAUAAAUGCGAUGUAUGCGAGAAGAAGUUUGCAAGGAAAAAAUAUCUGACUGACCAUGAACGUGUUCAUAAUGGAGAACGGCCUUAUAAAUGCGAUAUAUGCGAGAAGAAGUUUGCAAGAAAAGCUUAUUUGACUGUCCAUAAACGUGUUCAUAGUAAAGUACAGCCUUAUAAAUGCGACGUGUGCUCAUCCAGUUUCAAGCAUUUGUACAGUAUGAAAUGGCACCGGAUGCAUUGCGAUGGCAUUUUAAGAAAAACGAAAAUGUAA